CACCACUACUUCACUUUCCGCCACUAAAAAUGUUAGCAACAACAUAUUCUUCUGACAUAACCCCGCCACCGUAUCCAACCACCGUCGUCACCUCCACAAACCACCCUCAGCCACCACAAACUACCAUCAAACCCAUCCACCGCCGCCACAUUCUCGCCUCACUCGCCGCCACAAUUACCCCAUUCUUUGCCCCUCAUCCUCACCCCAAUUCCGACCAAUCUCCGCAUAUUCCGAUCUCCGUUUUACCCUCCGCGGAUGCUCGCGGGCUCUUUCAAAUGCCCCCGGUUCGCCUCACAAAUCGGUACUUUUUGGUGAGGGCAGGGGAGUCGGAAUAUGAGAGUUUGGGGGUAAUUAAUACGAACCCGGUUGCGAAAACGUCCGUCGAUAAUGGGUUAUCCACAAUCGGGAAGAAGCAGACGGUUAGAGCGGCUUUGAGGUUGAAGGAAAUGGGGGCGUGUGAAAAUAGUUGCUGGAUUUGGCCUUCAAUUACUCAGAGAGCUUAUCAAGCUGCAGAGAUUAUUGCUGCUGUUAAUGGAGUUAACAGAAGUAAUAUAGUACCGGAGUACAGUUUCUUGGAUGCACGCGGAUUAGGAGCAUACGAAGGCAAGGCGUUACAAUCCUUUUCUGAAAUAUAUGCAUCCGAUCUUGUUUCGCCCGACAUUAAACCGCCCCCGAUCAAUGAUGGAACACCAAACGAGAGUGUUGCCGAUGUCUUUGUUCGCGUGACACAAUUAAUGUCGAUUCUUGAAACUCAAUACUCGGAGGACACUGUUAUUAUUGUCUCCCCGGAUUCAGAUAACUUGACCAUACUUCAAGCGGGUUUAGUUGGACUCGAUCUUAGAAGGCACAGUGAACUAGCCUUCGAACCCGGUGAAGUUCGAUUUUUUGAUCCGAGUAGCAUCCCGACAUACAAGCAACCCGCUUCGGCUAUAUAUAAGUGUCUAAACCCGCCCAGUUGUAAAUGACUUGGCUAUAUCAAUAUAAAUCCACUUCUAAAAAGAUAUAUAUUUUCCUAUAUUUUUAUUUAGGAAAACCAAUGGCGGACACAAAAUUUUUUUUCCAUUAUUGUGGGAAAAUAUAGGUGCUCGGAUGUCUCUAGGAAUUUACGGGCGGGUCAUGUCUGGUCAUUGGAACUUUAUUGUCGAAUUGGGUCAGGUCAUUGAAAAAUCAGGUCACCGAAA